AUGCAGUUGUCUUGGAAGGAUAUCCCCACGGUCCCCACGGCCAACGAUAUGUUGGACAUUGUUCUUAAUAGAACGCAAAGAAAGACACCUACCGUGGUGAGACCAGGCUUCAAGAUCUCUCGUAUCAGGGCCUUUUACAUGAGAAAGGUGAAGUUCACCGCUGAGGGCUUCUCUGAGAAGUUCACCGAUAUGUUGGCUGGCUUUCCCAACAUUAACGAUGUUCACCCAUUCCACAGAGAUUUGAUGGACACUUUGUAUGAGAAGAAUCACUACAAGGUGUCGUUGGCUGCUGUGUCCAAGGCCAAGACCUUGAUCGAACAGGUUUCCAGAGAUUACAACCGUCUUUUGAAGUUUGGUCAGUCUUUGUACCAGUGUAAGCAGUUGAAGAGAGCUGCUUUGGGUAGAAUGGCUACCAUCACCAAGAAGUUGAAGGAUCCUUUGAUUUACUUGGAGCAGGUCAGACAGCACUUGGGCCGUUUGCCAUCUAUUGAUCCAAACACCAGAACUCUUUUGAUCUGUGGUUACCCUAAUGUGGGUAAGUCUUCUUUCUUGAAGUGUAUCACCAAGGCUGACGUUGAUGUGCAGCCAUACGCUUUCACAACCAAGUCUUUGUACGUGGGUCAUUUUGACUAUAAGUACUUGAGAUUCCAGGCUAUAGAUACCCCAGGUAUCUUGGACCGUCCUACUGAGGAAAUGAACAACAUUGAAAUGCAAUCCAUUUACGCCAUUGCUCAUUUGAGAUCUUGUGUCUUGUACUUUAUGGAUUUGUCCGAGCAGUGUGGUUUCUCUAUUGAGGCCCAGACCAAGUUGUUCCACUCCAUCAAGCCUUUGUUCGCCAACAAGUCUGUCAUGGUUGUGAUGAACAAGAGCGAUAUCAUCAGACAAGAGGACUUGUCAGCUGAGCAGCAGGAGCUCUUGAAGACUAUCGCUGAUAGCCCUGGUGUGGAUAUCAUGAACACUUCUUGUUACGCUGAGGAGAACGUUAUGCAAGUCAGAAACCAGGCUUGUGAGAAGUUGUUGACUGCAAGAAUUGAACAGAAGUUGAAGGGCUCUGCUCGUGUCAACAAUGUCUUGAACAAGAUCCAUGUGGCUAGACCACAGUUGCGUGACGAGGAAGAGAGACCAGCUCAUAUUCCAGAAGGUGUACAGCAUUUGGUUAAGUAUGACAGUGACGAUCCAAACAGAAGAACCUUGGCUAAGGAUGUCGAGGCUGACAAUGGUGGUGCCGGUGUGUACAACGUUAACCUCAAGGACUUCUACUUGUUGGACGAUGAUGAGUGGAAGGCUGACACCAUGCCAGAAGUCUUGGACGGUAAGAACGUCUACGAUUUCUUGGACCCAGAUAUCGCUGCUAAGUUGCAGGCUUUGGAAGAAGAGGAGGAAAGGCUAGACGCCGAGGGUUUCUACGACUCUGACUCCGACAUUGAGGAUGAAGAGACUGCGGAUAUCCGUGACAAGGCUGAAUGGAUCAGAAACAAACACAAGGUUAUGGUCAAGGAGGCUCGUACGAAGAAGUCAUUGAAGAACAAGUCGAUGAUGCCUAGAGAGCACAUCAAGAAGACGUUUGGCCAGAUGGAAGACCACAUGUCUUCCUUGGGUCACGACACCAAUGCAUUGAAACAGAGAGUUAAGAACAAGAAGGCAGUUAGCGGAGUGGAUAUCUUGAGAGAGAACCAGGGACUCGCGAAGAGAAAGCAGGUGCAGAAGAAGAAGGCCCCAGUGAACCAGAACGACAGAUUGAGUGCUGGUGUUGCCGAUGGAGCGUUGCGUUCGCAGGCCGAGAGAGUUGCCAAGUUACAGAGAAGAGAGAGAAACCGCCAGGCCAGAUUGGGAGAGGCCGACAGACACACCGUUGCAUCCAUGCCUAAGCAUUUGUUCUCUGGUAAGAGAGGCUUCUCUGCGGACCGCCGUUAG